GUCCGCGUUUCGCCCCAUUAUCGCACAGACUGUUCGUCCGUCCGCAUUCAAAUCACCGAAAUCUAAACACGAAAUCGCGUAAAUUUACGUUUACACUGCGACGCCGCUGCCGUUUCGUAUCUUUCAUAUCGCUGCUGUAACCAACGUUUAUAAUAUCAUACAAAAUGCGUUUCGCGAGUUGCGCCGUAUUGGCCGUGUUGCCGUUCUGCUUGAAUGCCGCCGUCGUUGUGUCCGGUGACAACAACUACCUGGAAGAACCACCACAACAUUCAACUGCAAGUGGAAACUGGGCAUUGGUAACUAGGAUAGCUGACGAGUGCGCCAAGGAUGCCGAUACAGCAGCUUGCAUUGCUGUCAAAACCGCAGCUGCCCUCGAAAGGGCCGCCAGAACUGCUGGUUCCGUUCAAGUGUUGCCUGGUCUGACCGUGCUUAAGAACGCCGACGAAGGAUCUUCAACUCAGCGAGACUCACGUGCCCUUCCCACUGAGGAAGAGCUCCGUGGACAACUGCAAGAGCAACCUUCUAAGGUCACCGACAUGGUCGUCAACUCAGCCAUCAGAUUCCUCCAAUCUAGGACCCUGCAACUGAAGUUCCCACAAACCAACCCCGAAGAGCUGUCUCGUGCUAUCGAAGAAGGUCGUGGAAAACUCAAGAAGAAGGUGAUGCCCAUUCUAGGAUUUUUAGCCGUCAAGAUCGUUGCCAUUUUGCCCAUUCUUUUGGGAAUCAUCGGUUUCUUCGCACUCAAGGCAUUGGUAUUCGGCAAGUUGGCCCUACUCAUCGCCGGAGUGAUGGCAUUCCAAAAGUACGCUAGUGCAUCAGGUGGAUUUGGUAAGAUCGCUGACACAUGGAGCGCCGGUAACGUUCAGGCUGCCCCGUGGGCCGCUCCCGCCGCCCCCAGCACCAACGCUGGUGGAUACUACAGACGAAGCAUGCAAGAAGCUCAACAAAUGGCAUACAAUGGACAAGUACAGCCGUCCGCUCAGACUAUCGCGUAAACUACUACUAAUAUAAUAUCAUUUUAGCGUCACCGCAAAUCGCAGUCUCUAAAUUUUUUUUUCUUUCUCUUAAUCGAACCGAUUAUGAAUUUAAUAUUAUUUAUAACGACUAUAUACGCAUAAUUGUGUAAGCCUUAUUAUCAUUAUUAUUAUUUUUUUUUUUUUUAUAUAUAAACUGUUUUUGUAGUUUCGUGCAACAGUUAUAAGAUACAAAUCGGACGGUGUGACAUCUGCAUGUUAUAAUUGUAAUAUUAUUAUGCGAACGUAACUUUCGUCGCUAGUCAACAUAUUAUAUCGUAUAUGAUGACUCGCGACGUGAAUGCGCUCGUAACACUCGGUAUUAAAUUAUUGUUGCUUUCCGAUAGUCGAGUAACUUUUUGCCAUAUUAGUCUUUAGUUUUCACAAAAAAAGACUUAUCUGAAAUCCUAUAUUUACCACGAAAAAGGCAUCUGACAAAAAGUUACCGGCUCGUGUUUGGCCAACGUGGCUGAUUUUUUUCAAACACAAAAAUAAUUAGAUUAUUACCUGUAAACUCUAAGAGUUAAUAUAAUAAUAUGAUAAAUUAUUUUUUUUUUUUUAAGUUUGAUUAAGUCAUCGAUUUAUUAACAUAAUAUUAUUAUAAUAUAUAGAAUUACGAUACAUGCCAAAAUUUAAACAAAAAUGUGUCAUUGUAAAUAUUAAAUACGCAUUUGAUGAUAAUAAUAAUAUAAUAUAUGUAAUCAAUUACUGAGUUAAAAA